AUGUUCGAGGACAAGAGCGAGUACAAGAAUGAAUACGAGUACCUCUACGGGCUAGAAGCUGCUCCCUCCUACUGGCAGCCUGAAGCCGGCACGAAGUAUACGCUCUUUCACAAGGGCUUCUACCGACGGGAAGUGAGGGGUCAGGACAAGGAGAGGUUGCAGUUCAUUGCCAAAAAGGCGGAGAGAUCCGAAGCUCGAUCGUCUCCUCGACGAGAAGCUCUGACGGAGCGGACCAAACAUCACUUUCUCAAAGAAGAGCCGACUCUCAAGACUGAGGGCAGGAAGCACUUUGUGCAGGCGUGCAACGUCAUCAUCGCUGGCCCGGAGAGCAUCGUGCCCAAGGGCCCUGACAUGCAUCGUCCUCGCAUGCAGACGCUGCUGCGGGAAGGUCUGCAAGCAGAGAGGAAGGAGACGGUCAAGGAUCUGUUCACGCACAUGUUCGGCUACACGGUCAACGACUUGAAAACUUCCAGUGGGGACUAG